GUCAGCAAAUACAAUAAAACCUCAAGUUAAAACGAAAUUCCCGAUAAAAUUGCUUUGAUAACCCCAUUUAGUUAAAUAAAUUAAAAUUUUAUAUUAUUGAAAGUAUCCCAUGUGAACUAAAUGGCAAGAGUGAAAUUAUAAUAGAAUGGGUGACAAAAUUGUCGAAUAUUUAUAAACAACGAUUUGAAAGUACACAUAUUUAGUUGGUGAAUCUAUGGAGAGAGAUAUUUGAAAAAGAGCAUCUCUUGAAAGAGAAGUAACAAAAUACUCGAUCAGAAUACAAUACUAUAAUCCAAAUUGGGGAGAUUUUGUGAACGAAAUCCAGCUCUACUAGUGCAUAGGCUUUAAUAAAUAAAACACUAGUCAAAAACUCAAGUGACACCCACAUAUAUCAGCUGAGCUCACAAUGAUACCGUUAACGCACAAGGACCGUAGCAAUCUCAGCUACCGUAUAAAGGAAAAGUUGAAUAGUUGGAGGCGGCUCAUUUUCUCGGAUCGCAAUUCACGAAAUCUGUUCCUCUUUCUGCUACUUAAUUUGAGUUUUGCAUUCGUGGAACUUUUCUAUGGCAUAUGGACGAAUAGUUUAGGCCUCAUAUCGGACUCGUUUCACAUGUUCUUUGACUGCACUGGUUUGUUGGCUGGUCUUGCAGCUUCAGUGAUCACCAAGUGGAAAGCGAAUGAUAAAUUUUCUUACGGUUAUGUGCGCGCAGAAGUGUUGGCCGGCUUCGUUAAUAGCCUCUUUCUACUUUUCAUUGCUUUCUUUAUUUUAUCUGAGGGUGUGGAACGUUUAAUUGAACCGCCAGAGGUGAAACACGAACGAUUGUUUCUGGUAUCUGUACUCGGACUGCUGGUUAAUCUAGUUGGUAUCUAUGCCUUUCAACACGGCCAUGGGCAUUCACAUGGAGGCGGCGGUGGUCAUGGUCACUCACAUGGAGGUGGUGGUCACGGUCAUUCCCACGGCACAAACAAUCACAUUGAUAUGAAUAAUCACAAUCAUCAAUCGAUAACAUUGGAUGGUGGUCAUGGUCACAGCCAUGGCGGUGGACAUGGGCACUCGCAUGGAGGAAUUGACGACAUCGCUGGCAGCAAUUCACAAAUUAUGCGUGGUGUCUUUCUACAUAUUCUAGCUGACACGCUUGGCUCGGUAGGCGUUAUCGUAUCUGCGGUGCUGAUGCAAAUGUUCGGUUGGAUGAUUGCCGAUCCAAUUUGUUCAAUCUUCAUUGCUUUGCUCAUUGCUAUGAGUGUUUUAGGUCUAAUAAAGGAAUCAAUAUUGAUAUUAAUGCAACGGCAACCGUCAGCGCUGGAUCGCGCGCUGCCACAAUGCUAUCAGAAAGUGACUGGCUUGGCUGGCGUUUACGCUGUACAGGAUCCACAUUUUUGGACAUUGUGUUCGGACGUCUACGUUGGAGCCAUUAAAUUAGAGGUUUCCAAAAACGUAGAUCCCAAAUAUGUGGUUACGCAUGCGCGCAUGAUCUUUGAAUCCGUUGGGGUUAAACAAAUCUACAUACAGCUGGACUAUGUGUGAUAGCGAUGAUCAAUGACGUAUCGGAUUGGACCGGGAUGUUGAAUUUAGUAUCGCUUUUAUUUGUAGGUUCUUCUGCCGUUAUUUUUAUAAACGAAUCAAUAGCAAAGCGAAAGAAAAAAAAACAACUAGGGACAUGAGGAUUAUUCAAAAUGGCGAAAAUCGAAAUCUUUGUUUUAAUUAUUCCUUUAAAGUAAGCUAAUGUGCAUUUCAAUUAACUGGAUGAGUAAACUGUUGUCUUACUUUUUUCUAUGUUUAUAUUAUGUAGAUAGUUUAGGUAAACUUCCAAAAACCUGUUAAAAGAUUAAAAUCAUGUUUUCUACUUAUCUUUUACUUACGAUGAUAACAGCUUUUGUUAUAUAAAAUGAUAUUUAUUUUAAUAUAAUCGUGUGAAUGUGCAAAAUAAUGAAUUCGAGAACUUAAAACAAUAGAGAAUAUAUACUUUAUAUAUCACCCUAAUUAAAAAAAUCUAUUAGUGAAAUCAUUCCAAUUAAAGAUUUAGUCAAAAAUCGAUCAAUCAAUUUCCAAUCGCUACGAAUGAUCAAAUCCCUUAGUUAUACUUAAGGUGCAGUACAUGUACGUAUGUUUGUAUUUAUAAAAAUUUAGGUAUAUAACUGAAUGUCAACAAAGGGGCUUGCUUUAUUUUAAGCUCAGCAAAUUUGUACUUGAGGGAAUUACAAUAGUGUUUAUAAAACCGUGUUGUAUGGAAAAUACACAAUAUGUAAUAUUGCGAUUGAAUUUGUAUACUUACAUCUUAAGUAGUCUUAGGUACGGAAAUUAAUAAAAGUUUAAUAAAACCUAA